AUGUAUAUCCCUCUGUCCCUGCCACCUCUCCGGUCGUUGGCGCCGUAUAAGCGUCUUGAUCCGGGGAAGCGAGACCAAAGCCAGAAGCAGAUUCAUGAACGCCACUUUCUGCACGAGGAUGCUUCCAUACAAAGCGCCGUCAAGCGCCGUCAGUUCUCUGAAGAUGGCACCAAGAAUGCGAACAUACGGACAGGCCUCAUAGUAGGUCUUGUCAUCGCCUUUUUCCUCAUCGAAAACGGCACCGUAAACAUCAUCACCAUCAUCAUCAUCAUCAUCAUCGUAGCGGCAAGAGCUCCAAAGGAAGCUCUCGAAGUUCUGGAAGCUCAAAAGAUUCCGAUGGAGGAGCUGCUGAAGCACCACCUGCAGCAGAAGCGGCAGCUGCAGAUCCGCCAGCCGCAGAUCCGCCACCAGAGGGCUGAAAACCGUCCC